GCUAAUUUAAGACUAAACUAUAAUCUAAUUUGACGCAGGUGUUCCUAUUUCAGCUCACUGGGCUGCUGCGUCUGGUUGAGAAAUCAGUCACUUGUUAAUUGAGCGAUUUGCUCAGGUGGUCUCUUCUCACCUGGCUUUGGUGCGCCUGUCUUCCUCACUUUCAUCGCUGUCAAAACCCAAGCAAGCGGAUAACUGUGUGUGCUGGCGUGCAAUAUGAUUUAAUCAACCUGCUAUACUAUUUUGAGAUGAAACCAGGUGGACACUCAAUGUCUUGACAACAAAUUGUUUUAUUUGGAAAGGUCCAGAGAGUGGCAAUGAAAACCAGGUGGCCCAUGAUGUCCUUGUAGUGUCAAAGAAAUGUGUUCCUCGAGGAUGUCUUUCUUUGUAAUGUAUUAUCAUUCAGUAGAUACUUUCAAAGCAUUAUCAGGCUACAAAUCCUUAUGUUAAUUUCUGCAAUAAAGCAUUUGCAAUGGCUGCCGAAAAACAUUAGCACAGUAGCCUUUAGGCCUCCUAUAAUGUGUUAUCUUUUUUAAUUUUUUAAUGGUAUUUCUGCAAGUGUUUAGGCAGACCUUGUGAGCUUCCCACCCUCCGCACUAUCACCCAUAUAAUAGGCUAGUACCUCGUUCUCAGCUCUGCAUCCUAGAAUGAGAUGAAUCUUUCAACAGUCACACAUGACGCUGGGCUGUUGUGGGCAACACUCCUCUCGCUUCCUCAUGCAACCGCGACCCUAAGCAGCGCACCGUUUUAACGGUUGCUUCCUUUUAUACGACCGAAAAAGGACUGUUUGACGGGAGAUUUCGACGAUGAGUAGCUUUAUGAAUAUGGCGUGUAUUGGAGACUUUGACCCGUUCACUGCUGCCAUUCCCGCCACCAAAGUUGAGCUCACUGUGUCGUGUCGAAAUCUCCUGGACAGAGACACAUUCUCCAAAUCAGACCCAAUUUGUGUGCUGUACACUCAAGGAAUCUCCAACAGGGAAUGGAGAGAGUUUAGUCGGACAGAGGUGAUAGACAACACACUGAAUCCAGACUUUGUCCGUAAAUUCCUCCUGGACUACUUCUUUGAGGAGAGGCAGAAUCUCCGCUUUGACCUGUAUGACCUCGACUCGAAAAGCGACAACCUGUCUAAACAUGACUUCCUGGGCCAGGCGUUCUGUACCCUGGGGGAGGUGGUGGGCUCCAUGGGAAGCCGCAUGGAGAAACCUCUCAUUGGGAUUCCAGGGAAGAAGUGUGGAACUAUCAUAGUGAGAGCAGAGGAGCUGAGCAAUUGCAGGGAGUCAGUGAUGCUGCAGUUCUGUGGGAACAAGUUGGACAAGAAAGACUUCUUUGGGAAGUCUGAUCCUUUUCUGGUGUUCUACCGCAGUAAUGAGGACGGAUCGUUUACUAUCUGCCAUAAGACAGAGGUUGUAAAGAACACUCUGGACCCAGUGUGGCAGGCCUUCAAGAUCCCUGUCAAGGCCCUGUGCAACGGCGAUUAUGAUAGGAGCAUAAAGGUGGAGGUGUAUGAUUGGGACAGAGAUGGAGGGCAUGACUUCAUUGGGGAGUUCAGCACCAGAUACAGGGAGAUGUCAAGAGGCCAGUCACAGUUCCACACCUAUGAGGUGGUAAAUCAGAAGAAGAGAGACAAGAAGAAGAAGAGAUACCUCAACUCAGGAACAGUAACCCUGCUGUCCUGCCUGGUGGACAUGGAGCUCACCUUCCUGGACUACAUCAAAGGGGGGACUCAGAUUAAUUUCACGGUGGCAAUUGAUUUCACAGCAUCAAAUGGCAACCCGUCUCAGCCCACCUCCCUCCACUACAUGAGUCCGUACCAGUUGAAUGCCUACGCCAUGGCUCUCAGGGCCGUGGGGGAGAUCAUCCAGGACUAUGACAGUGACAAGAUGUUCCCUGCUCUGGGCUUCGGAGCCAAGCUGCCCCCGGACGGACGCGUCUCGCACGAGUUCGCUCUGAACGGGAACCCUCAGAACCCAUACUGCAGUGGGAUUGAGGGAGUGAUGGAGGCUUACUACCAGAGCCUCAAGUCUGUCCGCCUCUACGGACCCACACACUUCUCCCCUGUUAUCAACCACGUGGCCAGGUAUGCACAAACAGUGAAAGAUGGCUCCCAGUACUUCAUCCUCCUUAUCAUCUCGGACGGUGUCAUCACCGACAUGGCUCAGACCAAAGAGUCUAUCGUAAAUGCGGCUACUCUGCCCAUGUCAAUUAUAAUUGUCGGGGUUGGACCGGCGGAAUUUAAUGAAAUGAUUGAGCUUGAUGGAGACGAAGAGAGGAUUUCAUCUCAAGGGAGGUUCGCAGAGAGAGAUAUUGUUCAGUUUGUUCCGUUCCGUGACUACAUCGACCGCAGGGGGAACCACAUUCUCAGUAUGGCCCGUUUGGCCAAAGAGGUCCUGGCUGAGAUCCCUGACCAGUUCCUCUCCUACAUGAGGACCAGAGGCAUCAAACCAGGCCCCUGUCCCCCUGCCUACACCCCCACCCCCGCCUUGCACCCCCUCUUCACCCGACGGGUCAGCCGAAUCUGAAGGGUAAGACGCCCCCCCCCCCCCCGACCUCUUCCUCUUUUGCUUCUUCUUCUUCCUCACUGGAGUCGUUUCCACGCUCA